AAAAGAACAGUUCCGAGAUUCUAGCCGCUCAGUCAUCGUCGAUAGGUACUGCGAGAAAAAUCAUUAGGAGUAUUUUCGGUGGAAGAGUCUUGUGAUAGUGCCAGAGUGAUUGAAAAGCAAAUACACAUUUUACUAUACUUUGUCGCGCAGAUAUUUUGUGUUGUUUCACCCAUUAAUUAUAAAAAGUAGAAAAUCAUGUUGCGGGCAUUCAGCCUCGGGCUUUUCAUGUGUCUGUACGCUUCAGUAGCAGCAGAGGAUGUUCCUGAAUACCUUCACAUUUGCCAGCAGACUGACCCAGAGCUCGAGCAGUGCAUGAUCAGGAGCAUAGAGCAGCUGCGUGCGAAGUUGGCUGUGGGUAUCCCGGAACUGGAUAUUCCACGCCUCGAGCCCAUUGAUCUGGGCGAUCUCCUUGUUGCCGGAAGCAACACACCGAAUGGCUUAACGAUCACUGCCAAAGACAUUCAAUCUUACGGAGCAUCCGAUUACCACAUAAAGAAGAUUGAAGUGGUUGAAUAUGGUCAGCACUACAAGCUGCAACUUCAACUUCCACAUCUUUACACAAAGGGAAGGUAUGCUAUCGACGGACGCGUUCUGCUGUUGCCCAUCAAGGGUGCUGGAAAGUUCACAGGGAAUUUCACGCGAUGCACAGCAGAUGUGACGAUGGUUCUGGAGCCCAGAGAGAUCCUCGGAAGUGACCACAUCAUCCUGAAGCGACUUCAAAUCAAAGUGAAGGUGGGCAAAGGCUCGAUGUAUUUGGAGAACCUCUUCGGUGGUGACAAGACUCUGGGAGACAUUGUUAAUGACACUAUUAAUCAGAACUUCGAAGUUGUGAGCAGAGACAUCAUUCCGCUGAUUGAGAAGGCGCUCGAGCGACACUUCAAGAAGACGUCCAACAAAAUUCUCAGCAGAUACACGAGGGAUCAGUUGUUCCCAUAGCAAUUGGGUUAGGGUGAUUUUUUGUAUAUGAGAAAAAUAUUGUAAAUACAGCUUAUGAAGUAA